AAUCCAGCGUGCUCCCUCGGGAUCGAUGGAGAUCCCUCAUGCUUUCUUGCCAUCGACUAUUUUUGUUGUUUUCUUGUAUCCCCGAUGCCUGCUCAGGGGCCCAAAACAUCAGCAUACGCAGAGCGAUGCACUGGGUCGCUUCUCUUGUCCUUACACGUUCAUCUGACACGGCUGCUCUUCGUUUCUGCCCUUGGCUGCAUUCCCUUGACGCGCUCAUGAUGUCGAAGUUGCUGUGUGCUGCCACAUACACACCGUGGUCAGAAGAAUCAAUCUCUGCCGAACAGGAGCUUUCACGCAAAGCGCCAAACGCAAGGGUCCAUCGUGGGCAUAGCCAGCCCGCCAAGCAACGCAAGCAAGUGCUGCCAACGUUCACCGAGAAAAAGCGGCACGAAAUAACAGUCAAGGUCUGCUAGCAUCGUCAUGCCGUCGCCGGGUGUCUCAGCAUCGCCCUCCCGCACGCAACCGUCACGCAGCGAUGCAUCUGCGGCGGGGAGGUUGACAAGUUUGGCGAUAACUUCUACGUGUGUCACACCGGCCGUGAGCGGGUCACGAGACACAAUAAUAUGCGCAACUUGUUUGUUCGCAUCCUGGCUGAGGCAGAUGUUCCUUCCAAUAUGGAGGUGCCUCUGCACAGCCUCGGCAUCACCCCAUCCGACGACAACCCCAACAGCCAGCGUAUGGACAUCUACUGCGUGAUCGACGGCAGUGAUUACCUGCUCGACGUCACCAUCGCCCAUCCCUGCCGGCCUGAUGACUCCCCCAUCCCCUUCCACCGGACAGUCAACCGGCGCAGUGCGCGUGGCAAGAUGGCUCAGCUUGCGGAGAAAGACAAGAUCGACAAGUAUGGACCAACCGCCCAAGCUGCCGGCUUCCGCUUUGUGCCUCUUGCGGCGGAGACAUUCGGCAGGUGGGGAGAGAAGACCAUGGAUUUUCUCAAGAUGCUCGCCAAGCGGAAGCACCGCCCUACGUCCAUUCCCACGGAGGAGGACACAGCUUUCCGAGAGAGCAUCAUCAACCAUUGGAGCCAGCUCCUGUCCGUCGAGCUGAUGAAGCACAACGCGUUUCAAGUGGCGAGUCGUGCACAACGCGCGGCGGCCGCCAGAGGGCCACGGAGGGCCAGCGCGUUUCCCGAGGACUUCGUCAGCCGCGGGCCAUAUAGGCCACACACCCGCCCCGCUCCGGGCUGUGAGGUGGCUGGCUGGAUCUGGAUUUUGUGAAUGUAUGUAUCAUGAUGCAUGUCUCACGCUUGUUUGCAGUGUGCGGCAUGCAUUUGUUCGCAGUCAAUGAGCGUUGUUCAUUGGGUUUGUAUAUCGUGUCGGCAGAAGGCGAGGCCUGCGGCAUAGACCCGUCCCUGCGCGUGGGGUGCCUGGGCUCCUUGUGGCCCUCACAAAAAUCCUCCCUCAGACGUGACGUCUCCCUCGAUGCCAUCAGUUGUGGUUGGUAUAGGACCGCGGCACGAAGGGCCUCUUGACCUCGUCCUCGUUUUUGCCGUCCAGGUCCGGGCGGGCGAUCGGUGCGUUCGGUGCGUUUGGUGCACGUCGGGUGAGAGUGGGGACGGGUUGUCGUGCCGGUGGAGGGGGAGGAGGUGGGCGGAGAACGAUUCGACCUCGAGGUUGCGGUGCCGGUGCGGGUGCCUCGUCCCCGCUCUCACUGGGAGACUCGAGGUCGAUGACCUCCCGUGAGCGCUCUCUUCUCUCGAUGCACUCGACGGACGCGCGCGUCUAGCGGAUCUGCUGUACGAAGGCCGCUACCACGCGAGGGUCGUCGAGGAUGUGCGGGUAGCGAGGGAGUUCGCGGGUGCGGAGGCGGGGUGGGGUGGGCUCGGAAGCGUGCAGGGGGAGGACGAAGCGGGUGCGGUAGGGGUGCGCUCGGAUGCGACGGAUGAGGGCGCUAACAGCUCGUUGGCGCUGUGCUUCGUAAGCGCAAAUGUCGUCGAGGUCGCUGGUCAGAUCACUCAAGUGUCGGCGCGCGGCCAUGAUGAGAAGUGUGAUCUGCGGGAAGGAACGUGGAUGAGACGCAGGACAUCAAGAUUCAACGCAAGAGCCACGAAGCCGCAAGAAAACCGGUUGAAAAGCCACGAAAGGCGUAGAUCUGGAUAGCCCGGCGCUGCAUGAUUGUCCACCUCUCAGCUUCGCCGUGAGGUGAGAAGGGGUGUUGGGUUUUCCUAGCAGGGUUUCUGCACGCUUAGCUAGCAGACCUGUCCCACUGUUUCGUACCUUCUCGGUGAGCGUUGGCAGCUCUCGUGCGUGUGUUGCUUGGCGGGCUG